UCUUAAUUUUUCUGGAAAGGGAUAAAGUUUAAUUGUCAACUUUGGAGGCUCCACAAACUGUAGCCGAUAUUUAUUGCCAUCAAUUAUAGCGUAUUUAAUUAUAGUUCAAACUUAGUUUUAAAUAGUCAAGCAACGAGAAUGCAAAAUCAAACUUGCAAAUCAAGUUGCGUUUUGAAAUUUUCAAAAGGCAAAUUAGUUUUGUUCAUUAGUUGCGAAUAGCGGGGUUGCACCUGAAGGAAUUAUUAUUUUGUUGGUUUCCUUUAAGUGGAGCAAAAAGGGGCUUGGGGGUGUGACUUUUGGCUAUAAAAGAAGCCCUAAGUUUCGGCUUCAAAGACCCAUGUUACACAUUGUCCUUGCUGGCCUCGGAACACAAGACCUAACAAAUUUACAUACUUUGGGAUUGCGUCGGUCCUUAUUAUCGAAAAUGAAUCGAAAUUUGUUAGAAAGAGAACGGAGAUCGAACAUGAGAAAUCUCUUUUCCAGGCUCUUUUCUCUCCUUCCUCCUCCAUCGAUCAGGAUGUCAGUCCCUGAUAUGGUGGAGCAAGCCACCUUAUAUAUAAACCACUUUCAAAGACAUCUGGAUGAACUCAGGCAAAGGAGGACGCAACUAGAAGAAGCUAACAAAUCGACAAGGGACACGAUGAUAACCCCAGAUCUAAAUAUAACAGAGUCUAAUUCUAUUAUGGAAGUGAAUCUAAUUACAGGAUCGGACAUGAAGUUUUCAUUAUGUGACAUUGUUAAUACCAUUGAGGCAGAAGGAGCUGAAGUUAUAACUCUUACAUACAAUAAUGCAGGGAACGUGAACUUCCUUACAAUUCAUUGCCAGGCUUCUGUCUCUUCUAGAAAUGGAAUUGAAAGCUCAAGACUGCUUCAGAGAUUGAGGACUAUGAUUGAAGAAUAAAGUUCCAGCCUAAGUUAUAGCUGUUGGAGAAUACAUUAAUUUUCUGCUAAUUAGGAAUAAAAUCUGUUUGAUUAUCCGGGGGAAAAAUUCUAGUAGUAUGUUCUGUUUAAAUAUUGUAAAAUGGGUUGUUAUAACCUUUAUGUGUAGCUUAUUGAAAAACCAAUGAAA